UGGCCACGCCCCCCGAGAGAGGAGAGUUUCCUAGGGAAUAAGAGAGGAGAAAAGCAGACUUAAGAGAAAGUUUGGUGUGUCGAAAAGCCUUGGAUGUCACCUAAGCUGUGGAGGACGGGGUGCAGUGGAGUGGACAGUCGUGCGGUGCCGUGAAGUGUCGUGUGCAUGCGCAGUGGCGCGUCGUGGACACCGGACAGAAAGCCUUUGGAUUCUCCGUGUGGACUCUUUGGACUCUUUGGAUCUCUCCGGUGUCCACUUCCUGAGCACCCAAAUUCAACGCAUGACUUUUUCAUAGAAUCAAAGACUCUUGAGAAGAAAGGAGCGGAGUUCUCGGCCGGUGUGUUUCCAGGUACGCCAGGAUCCCGGAAGUUGGAACCCGCAGCGCAGGUUGCAUAGUUGGGCCAAAUGGGAAGCUGCUUUAUUUUACCUUCAAAUGCUCUAAGAAGAAAGAAGUGAAAGCAAAGAUGAAGGGCGUGAAGACGAAGUUGUACGUGCUGAUGGACGUGCUGUGUGUACUCGUUGCGGCACUGCCCUUCAUCGUCAUGACCAUCGUCUUCAAACCUUACCAGAGGGGGGUGUACUGCGACGACGAGAGCAUCAUGUACCCGCUCAAGCCGGACACCAUCAGCCACAGCAUGCUGGCGGCCGUCACCAUCUCCUGCACGGUGGUCAUUAUCUCUUCUGGAGAGGCUUAUCUGGUGUACAGCAAGAGGAUUUACUCCAAUUCCCACUUCAACCAGUACGUGGCGGCGCUCUACAAAGUCGUGGGCACCUUCCUGUUUGGAGCCGCCGUCAGCCAGUCACUCACCGACCUCGCCAAGUUCACCAUCGGCCGCCCGAGGCCCAACUUCAUGGCGGUGUGCGCGCCCCGGGUGUGCACGGGCUACAUGCAGGAGAUCAACUGCACGGGCAAGACGCCUGACGUCACGGAGUCAAGGUUGUCCUUCUACUCGGGUCACUCGUCCUUUGGCAUGUACUGCAUGCUCUUCUUGGCGCUCUACGUGCAGGCCCGGCUGGUGGCCAAGUGGGCUCGCCUCCUCCGACCCACCAUCCAGUUCUUCUUGGUGGCCUUCGCUGUGUAUGUGGGCUACACGAGGGUCUCCGACUACAAGCACCACUGGAGCGACGUGCUGGUGGGGCUGCUGCAGGGGGCGCUGGUCGCCGCGCUCAACGUGCGCUUCGUGUCCGACUUCUUUAAGAAGCGAUCGCCGCGCCGCGUCAAGCCAGAGCACGGCCAAAGCGAGGAACCCGAGAGGAAACCCAGCCUUCAGUUUGUGGACUCGGAGCACGCCAACCAUUACAACUGUCGCCCGGUGUGAUGAAGCAACCCCCCCCCCCCCCAAACCUGUGUGAGACCGACCCAAACGGACACGAACCCCGCCAUGUUGGAUGAAACGCAUGCGGCCUUUCACUCGUCGUCUUGCGGCAACCACCCCCCCCUAAUCCGCUUCCCACGACCACUAGACUGACUGUGGGGGCUGCUUGCACCUGGUGCCUCCUCUCACAAGCACCACUUCCUUUUCCUCCUGGAGGGGGCGGAGCAAACGAAGACGUCAUUAUUGAUGUUGAAGGCAACAUUGCAUGACCUUCAUGACCAUCAUCACCAUCAUCUUCUUAUCUUAUCUUCCAACUUUCUUUACCAGCACUUCAUGUAGGGGAGUAUCUGGAAGCCCAGCCUCCACGUCACAUCAUCAGACACUUCAUUAGGUACACCUGAGCAAGAUCAUGACAUCCAGCCAUAAUCCAAUCCAACCUUAAUUUAUGCUUUUGGAGGAUUCAACUUUAAUAAACAGCAUCGUUGCAGCAUAGAAAAACACUUUCUAAGUACAUUACUCACUAUACAAAAUAAAACCUAGAAAGCAUCUUUAACAUCUUCUAAAUGUGCUUUUUAACAUGAGUAGAGCCCUCUAGACAUGAAAUAACACCCCUAUAGUCACCUUUACAUCACACUUUCACAUAUUCACUGCAUCACAGUGUUUCUAUAAAACUAAAACUAUAAAAAUGCACUUUUAAACAAAUUGUAUGUAUUUUGGGACUAAAUCAAACCUUUGGCAAAUAAAGUGGUAUUAUAUACCGGUUGCUAGGUGUCCGAACGUUCCAUUGAUGACACAGUAGCCACCACAGGAAGUACUCAAAGCACAGCGUGAACAACAAUAAAGUACCCUCCCAUUGUGUGAGCCAGAAUUAUGUCUUUAUUUUUUCUUAUUAUGUCUACUAUAUUGGGUAAUAGAAAUGUAUAGUGACUAUAGGGGUGUUAUUUCAUGUCUACAGGGCUCUAAUCAUAUUAAAAGCAUAUUUAUAAGGUGGUAAACAGGUUAUUUAUGUCUUAUUUCGUCUUAUUAUGUCUACUAUAUUGGGUAAUAGGAAUGUAAAGAUGACUAUAGGGGUGUUAUUUCAUGUCUAGAGGGCUCUAAUCAUGUUAAAAGCAUCUUUACAAGGUGGUAAACAGGUUUUCUAUGUCUUAUUAUGUUUACUACAGUAAACCUCGGCUAUAUCGGAUUCAAUUGUUCCCACUGGUUUUGUCCGAUAUAAGCGAAAUCCGUUAUAUGCGUAUACCGGAAAAUGUCCGUUUUACGCAUAUAUCGGAUUUAUAUCCGGUAUAUGCGUAAAUGGGAAUUUAUUCGUUAUAAAAAGGCACUUCCUUGACUAGGUUUCCAAUGUACCUGGACGCGCAGGCAACGCUGCAAACGCUGCAAAUGACGUCGUAUAGCGGCCUGUCACGAUUCGGCGAAUCGGAGCGCCACGAUGCGGCCAUCCGAUAUAUGCGAGGGAAAUUUCAUGGAAAUGCAUUGGAACGGGACUGGAGAUUUUGUCCGAAAUAGGCGAAAUCCGUUAUAAAAAAUCCGAUAUAUGCAAUGAAUUUUUAUUGGAAAUGCAUUACAGAAAAAUUGGUUCUUUUUUAUCUGUCCGUUGUGAGCGAAUUUCUGAUGUAUCCGAGUCCGAUAUAUCCGGGGUUUACUGUAUAUUGGGUAAUAGGAAUGUAAAGGUGACUAUAGGGGUGUUAUUUUGUCUCUAGAGGGCUCUAAUCAUUUUAAAAGCAUCUUUACAAGGUGGUAAACAGGUUUUCUAUGUCUUAUUUUUUCUAAUAUGUCUACUAUAUUGGGUAAUAGGAGUGUAAAGGUGACUAUAGGGGUGUUAUUUCAUGUCUAGAGGGCUCUAAUCAUUUUAAAAGCAUCUUUGCAAGGUGGUAAACAGGUUUUCUGUGUCUUAUUAUGUCUACUAUAUUGGGUAAUAGGAAUGUAAAUGUGACUAUAGGGGUGUUAUGUCAUGUCUAGAGGGCUCUAAUCAUGUUAAAAGCAUCUUUACAAGGUGGUAAACAGGUUUUCUAUGUCUUAUUAUGUCUACUAUAUUGGGUAAUAGGAGUGUAAUGGUGACUAUAGGGGUGUUGUUUCAUCUCUUGGGGGCUCUAAUCAUUUUCAGAAGCAUAUUAAGAUGGUGAACAGGUUUUUCUAUGUUCUAACUACCAAAAUAUUCCAUUUAUGAAUAAGGAAUGCUACUUGGUGUAAACGGUCUGGAACCAUAAAUGAUAAACAUAUAUAUAUAUAUACAUAUACACAUAUAUAUAUAUAUAUACACAUAUAUAUAUAUACAUACAUAUAUAUAUACACUGCCCUUAAUUUCUGGUUCAUUUGAGCAACUGUUCUCAAGUAUGACUAGAAUGAGCGUUGCCUACAGCCACAGUAUGUGUUUGAGCAGAUUUUGUAUUUGUAAACGAUGGAUGUCAUGAGAUUGUUUCGGUGUACUACAUGAUGAUACUGUAUGAGUUGUUGUAUUUGUACUGCAUCUUCCAGCAAUGUGGCUUACUGCAUAUACUGCAUACCACUACUACCACAUGCAAUUGGAAGAAAGUUAUUUUUUCCCAUAAACCCAGGAGGAUGAAACUAAACUUUAUUUAAACAAAAAAAAUAAACUUUCAUUUAUUAUAAAUGAUAAUUUUAUAAUGGUAAUUAUCAUGUUGAAUGAUAAAUCUGAUAUCAUUAAAAGUACUUCUGAUAGACAAUCAUUAAAAAAACUGUGCAGCUCAGCAAACAAGCGCUCCUCCCCCCGAGCUGGCUUGUAAACAAACAUAAACAUCCACUCUAAGAGGAAGACAUUUUGCGUGCUAGUCAGGAAUACCGACAUCGUGGAGUAGCCAGUUAGCUCCAUGACAGAACAAAAGGAAUAGUUUCCAAGGCGAAUGUGGGAAUAUUUGUGUUUUAAACAGACUGACGCCACACACGGAGCGUUCCUCAACUGGGAAGUAAAACGUACAGGGGCUGAUCCUGCUACAUCGCAAACACACGCACAGGCGAUAGGCUAAUGUGGCUCACACUUGAGUACCAUCUAGUGGUUGAAAUGUGAAUUACACCAUUCAUGACAGCCAUUUUUCAAAAGACACAGAACAUUGUGCUAUUUCUAUAUUUAUAUGUAACCAUGGAACCUACCAAAAGACAGAUUAGACUCAGUCUUUCAUCAGGAAAAAAAAGUAUCUGUGAGAAAAGCAGCUGUUUGUGAAAAGAUACAUUUCACGAAAAAUGGAAACUCACUGAAUAUGAGGCAAUUAGCACAAAACUACAAACCCAAAAUGGCUGAAGGUCACACGGCGCACACACUCAUCACCUCUUUAUGCCUCUUUAUGUCUCUCACGCAAGAAAAGCUUCUAAAAUAAAUGCAUCUUUGGUUAGCGAAUGACUUCAUGAAGAAAUGUUUGUCUCCGAUAUCGAUUAUUGACGAUCAUUUGUAGCACAAUUAUCGCUGAGUUAAUGUAUUGUUAUGACAGGCCGUACCCGAGGCCUCCGUGGCGUCACAGCUGCUGUGCCCCAAUACGGUGCACCUUGCUGGGCCACAGUGGGUGGCCCUUCCCCCUCUAUGCCCUGCUUCCCCUGGUAGUACUGGUAGUAGUCUUUUGAUGAGGUACACUUGAUCAAAUCCUAAUUUGAUAAUCAGGAAGGUAUCGGUUUGACACCCCCCACCAAAAUGUGUCGCAUCACUAAUGUAAAAGAAUGAUUCAUAUGAAUGACUUCCCUUUUUUUUGUGCAAUCAUCCUGCUUGCCACUUUGAGCCGCUCUGUCGGAGAACGCUGCCAAGGGCGCGUGGGCUCCGUUUAUGUCCUUUCUUUUAUUCUUCUUCUUCUUCUUUUCUUUUCUCGUGCGCGUCACAUGCGUCAUUGUCAAACAAUGGCGGCCAUGAUGACGUAAAAGACAUUGUGCCGUGUCCUUGGGGCGUUGCGUACAAAGCGGAAGGACGACGGGUCCGACCCAGACCCGAGCUGUUGUGCUUUUUGACCUUGGACAAGGACAAGGCUGAGGGGACUUUCCCACCAAACAAUUUCCUCACUCGUAAAAAAAAAAAAAAGAUGAAGAAACGGCUGCUUGAGACGAGGUGUCAAAUGCAUCCUAAUACUCCGCUCGUCAUACUGUACCUCCAUCUAGCACCUUUUAUUAACCAUUUAUUGUUACCUUGGAAGAUUAGUCUUCUUUGCUUUUACACGACAAGGUUUUUAUGGAAUAAAUAUGUAAUCUGCAUUCACUGAUGAUGUCUUCUUUUCAUGCGUCUACUCGACAUCCCUCAGCACUUCACCCAGCAGCUUGUCGUAUUAC